GAGAAAAAUGAACACACUGCGACGAAUAUCGACAUGUCGAUUCACAAGUAAUACAGCGUCUUCAACUUCUUUGGAGUCUGCACCGGCUCCACUAAAUCCAAAAGUUCAGAAAGCUCUGACUCCUGCCACGUUUUCAAAUCCCAAUCAGCUGGCUCGAUACCUAUCGAAAAAGGUUUUGGCUCACGCUCCAGGUCGAUUUGUAGUGUUGGAAAAGCCAUAUGGAUUGUCAUGUGUUGGACAACUUCAAGAAAAUGGUGGAGUAUUUGGGAAUAGUGUUCGAGAUGAGAGAAAAACUGAAAAAUGGGCUGGUACAAUCAAAGCAAGGACUCAAGAACAAAUGGGAGUAACAAUUUCCGAUUGUAUCAAAGAUUUGAGAAAGUUGCUCCGUGAGCCUCAGCUCAGUUUCUGUACAGGCUUAAAACGAUACUUAUCUGGUGCAAUUGUUCUUCCAUGUAAUGAAAAGGAUUCCAAUAUUCUGAAAGAAUGUAUCAGAAGCACUUCUUCAAAUGUCGAACCCCCUUUUAUGUAUAAUGCCUUAGCAAUCACAAUUGGAAGACCUGAAAAGAGCAGUGGAGUCAUAACUGGAUUUGCCACGUUUCGGAAUGUCGGAAAGCACAAAGAGUACAUUUUCGAAGAAAGAAAAACAACGAAACGGGCAAAAACUGGAAAAUACGCUGUAGAAGGACAUAUGAGCUAUCGAGUACUGGACACAAAAAAUGGAAUUUCAUUGAUCGACUUUUCAGUAAAUAAAUUUGCUCGUCAUCUCCCACGACUGAUGCUAACUCAGAUGUCUUGUCCGAUCCUCGGAGACACUAUCUACUGGAGACGUUUGGCCGACGUGGAUGGAGUUCCUGAACUUAUCAGCGCGGGAAACAUGGGGCAUAGAAUUUUCAUCCCACCUCAUCUUUGUUCGACGCUCGAAACUUCAAAUCGAAGUCUACUCACUUCACUUCCAAUUUAUUGCCACGUGUACAACACAAUUUUCGAAGACGUCGGUGGUCAUGAAGCACAUGGUCUCGUUGCAGCUGCGAAACCACCGGCUCAUUUCAUAGCAAUGCUCGAUCUACUUGGUCUUCGUCAUGCUUAUAAAGAUUUUAUGAAUAGAUCUGAAAAACCUUCAGAAGACUCAUCGUCUUCAACAUCACGAACAUCGGGAGAUGUCGUAUUUUAGGAUCUCAAAUUUUAUUAGUUCAGUUAUUGUAAGAAAUCUUGUCAGUUUUUUGUUGUUGUCUGUUGCUCUUUGUUAACUAAUAAAACGCAAUUUUUCUUG